AUGGCCACUGUCGCGGAAGGCAGGAUUGGCGAUACCAAGGUCCCAAUGUCUCUCCUCGAGAAGAACGCGUACAUUAACUACCAACGCAUCGAAGACAACCUCGUCAUCAUUCGUGAGCGGUUACAACGGCCACUCACGCUUUCCGAGAAGAUCCUUUACGGUCAUCUUGAUGACCCUCACAAUCAGGACAUCGCCCGUGGCGUCAGCUACCUCAAGCUCCGGCCAGACCGAGUGGCUUGCCAGGAUGCUACUGCCCAGAUGGCUCUGCUUCAAUUUAUGUCUGCUGGUAUGGACACGGCAGCCGUCCCCACCACCGUCCACUGCGACCACUUGAUUGAGGCCCAGAUCGGCGGUGUGAAGGAUUUGGCACGUGCGAUUGACAUCAACAAGGAGGUCUACGACUUCUUGGCUACCGCUACUGCCAAGUACGGCCUCGGUUUCUGGAAACCCGGCUCCGGUAUCAUUCAUCAAAUUAUCCUCGAAAACUACGCUUUCCCCGGUGGUCUUAUGAUCGGUACCGACUCGCAUACUCCCAACGCUGGUGGUCUCGGUAUGAUCGCUUGCGGUGUCGGUGGUGCCGACGCCGUCGACGUUAUGGCUGGCAUUCCUUGGGAGCUCAAGUGCCCCAAGGUCAUCGGUGUUAAUCUCACGGGCAAGAUCGGCGGCUGGACUACUCCCAAGGACGUCAUCCUCAAGGUCGCUGGUAUCCUUACGGUCAAGGGCGGUACUGGUGCUAUCGUCGAGUACACCGGUCCUGGUGUCGAAUCUCUUUCUUGCACGGGUAUGGCCACGAUCUGUAACAUGGGUGCCGAGAUUGGUGCGACGACUUCGAUGUUCCCCUUCAACCACCGUAUGGUCGACUAUCUCCAGGCUACUAAGCGCGGUGACAUCGCUGCUUACGCUCAACGGUUCGCACACAACUUGAAGGCCGACGAAAAUGCUGAGUACGACCAGGUCGUCGAAAUCAACCUCUCCGAGCUCGAGCCCCACAUCAACGGUCCUUUCACUCCCGACUUGGCUACCCCCAUCUCCAAGUUCAAGGAGGAAGUCAUCAAGAACAACUGGCCCCAGGAGCUCAAGGUUGCCCUCAUCGGUUCGUGCACCAACUCAUCCUACGAAGACAUGUCCCGCUCCGCUUCGAUCGCCCGUGAGGCCGCCUCGCACGGUCUCGAGACCAAGUCCAAGUUCACUAUCACCCCCGGUUCCGAGCAGGUUCGUGCCACCAUCGAACGUGACGGUCAGAUCGCCGCCUUUGAGGAGACCGGCGGUCUUGUCCUCGCCAACGCUUGCGGUCCUUGUAUCGGUCAAUGGGACAGGAGGGACGUGAAGAAGGGAGAGGCUAACUCUAUCAUCACUUCGUACAACCGUAACUUCACUGGCCGUAACGACGCUAACCCCGCCACGCACGCCUUCGUCGCCUCCCCGGACAUCGUCACCGCCUUCGCCUUCGCCGGCGACCUGACCUUCAACCCUCUCACCGACUCCCUCAAGGGAACCGACGGCAAGGAAUUCAAGUUCUCCGACCCAUCCGGCUACGAGCUUCCCCCUAAGGGCUACGACCCCGGAGAAAACACCUUCCAACCCCCUCCCGCCGACCGUGCUUCAGUCCAAGUCGCCGUUGACCCCAAGUCUGACCGUCUCCAGCUCCUUUCGCCUUUCGCGCCAUGGGACGGGAAGACGCCCACGGAUUUGCCGAUUCUGAUCAAGGUGAAGGGGAAGUGCACCACUGAUCAUAUCUCGGCUGGUGGGCCCUGGUUGAAGUACCGUGGUCAUCUCCAGAACAUCUCCCAAAACUGUCUCAUCGGUGCUAUCAACGAGGAGAACGGCGAGGCGAACAAGAUCAAGAACCAGUUCACCGGCGAAUACGGAGGCGUCCCGCAAGUCGCUGCCCAAUACCGUGACCAAGGCAUCAAAUGGGUCGUCAUCGGUGACCACAACUACGGUGAAGGUUCCUCCCGUGAGCACGCCGCACUCGAACCUCGCUUCCUCGGCGGUCUCGCCAUCAUCGUCCGCUCGUUCGCGCGUAUCCACGAGACGAACUUGAAGAAGCAGGGCAUGCUCGCGCUCACUUUCGCGAACCCUGAUGAUUAUGAGAAAGUGAGGCCGAGCGAUAAGGUGACGAUUGAGGGCUUGGAGAGUUUCGCGCCUGGACGGAAUUUGACGAUGGUGUUGAAGAGGGAGGAUGGGAGUACGGAGAAGAUCGAGCUUGCGCAUUCGUUCAAUGAGGGACAGAUCGAGUGGUUUAAGGCGGGGAGCGCGUUGAACUUGGUACGUCCCUCUUCUUAUACUUAG